GAGGGCGGGUGGAAACGGACGUUGCGGUUAACGCUUGAGCGCGAGUGCGCUGGCGGUGGACGAGCGAGUCUUCGCGCUGUUGGGUGGUGGCUGUGAGGGGAAGACUUUACAUUAUUGGAACAAAGGUGCCUCAGUGAAGAUUUGAUUCCCAGCAGUCAAAUUAACAGAUCAAUUGAUCAUUUGCAAGUUGGUGGUCAGUGACGUCACACUAAAGGUGGAUACUUGCCUCUCAAAGAAAAUGUGAAUGCCUUUUGUGGUACUAUUGAAAAGUUAGCCACAACAGAAGAUUCAAAUGAACAGGCUUCUCUUUUUGAUCAUAAUUUAAGUGCCAAUGUGAAAUUUGCCAGUGAGCAGGAAAUGAAUGUGUAUAAAACACUGUUUUUCCAACAAGAAGUUAGAAUUGGAUCAGCUGCUGCAGGAUACCAUUAAUGAUGCUAUAUAUUUAGAAGCUAUCAGUGCUGAUGAACUGAGGAUACAAAAUUUGGGUCAUACAAAACUUUAUGAAACCAUUUCAAAAAUAACUAAAGGAAUGGAGUUGUCUGAAGAUGUUCUUGUUACUUCUGACAAAACACAGAAUAGUUUAUCGAAACUGAUCAAUCUGAAUAAACCAACCAAAGAUGUGAUAAAACCAGAAUUAGAUGGAAAACCAAUAAUUGAAAGUGAUAAAAUGAUGUGUAUGUGGUGUGGAUAUUAUACAUUUAGUAAACAGUGCUUUGAAGAUCACAUAAGAGAGCAACACAGCUACUUUGAAUUUGGGAAAGAUAUCCCAGCCUCUUCAAUGGGGCUGCGUUACUUUGGAAUGGGAAAGAAUUCAACUAACAAUACAUCUCUGAAAAGAAAGACAAGUAUGAAGAAAAGAAAGCCAGUUAGAUCUGAGUGUGAAAAUAUUUCAAGUAUCAUUGCAAAAAUUGAUGGUUGCAAGACUUCAAAGAACAUGCCAAUGCCAUCUACUUUUGGGCAAAGAAACCUAAAAAAAUUGUCAAAAUUUAAAAACCAAUCUUUGCUCUAUGUAAAACGAUUGUGUUUAUUUCAUUGUAUUCUUUGUCGAUUUCACACUUUGUACCGUAAUGGCAUCUUGCGCCAUGUUAGAAAUGUACAUUUUAAACCCAGUGGAUGUCGAAAACUUAAAAGCAGUGUUCAUUUUUCCAGUGGUUUAAGAGCACCAAAAUGUUGUAAAAAGGGAUGCAGGUCAAAAGAGUUAUUGAACAACUACAUAUUAUCUUUGGAAGGAAAUAAUUUCCCUGGAAUUAUACCAGAUACUGGCAUAAAAAGUGAAAAUAGAAAUUUGGCACCCUCCAUUGUAAAACCAUUUUUCAACAGUAGUAAGUCAGAUAUGAAUGAAUCAAGUAAUUGUUUAAGUAAGGAGCACUUUGACUCAAAUUGUGAGACAUCAUUGCUGCAACAGAUUAAUGAUCAGUUACAACUUUCAGUACCUUGUUUCACUGAUCAUUCAGAUGCAAAUUCUGAAAUGUCUCGAGAUUCCGUUGGAGCUCCUUUAUAUUUUUCAACCACAAUGACUCCCAACAAGAAGACAAAUGAAGAUGGUUUGAACAGUGCUGAUGUAGCUUCUAGUAAAUGUCUGGCUUUGGAAGCCAUAGUGAAAAACUUGAAAAAUCGUAUGUUAUCGCCAAUCAAAUGCAUGCCAGCAGUGCCCCUACUGAAUGAUCGAAGUGUAAGGCGCAAACAAAGUAUUCCAUAUUGUAGAACAACGGAGGAGCAAAAGGCUAAGUGGAUGCUGGAGGCAUUUAGCUUUUUAAGCCAACAGAAGAUUGAAAGAGCAGCAGAGUUUUCCAGAUAUAAUGACACAGUAGCCGAAAUUGAAGUUGCGCUAUCUGAUACAGAUGAUGAUAGUGAUAAAAGGACAAAUUCAAACGCUUGCAAAAAUUAUACUUUGCGUGGAAAGUUAAAAUCAGCAGAAGAUGAGAGAAAGAUUUUGUGUUCUACGUCAAGUGAUAAAAAGAAACGAGGAAAUGUUUAUACUCAUAUGUAUAAGUGCGACAUUUGCCCUUUUUCAAGUGCUAAUGUUACCUAUGUCCUUUUGCACUAUCAGGAACAACACCCUGAAGAGGAAGUGUCCUGCAAAAUGAUUCAUAAUUACAGCCAUAAGUUGGACGUGCUGACAAAGAAGGAUUUGCCCUUGUCCAAAUGCAAUUUAUUUUUGUUUGAUUCAGAACUUUCUGAUCCAAGCCUUCCUUGCUUAGAUACAUCUUCUAAGUUAUGUUUCUGUAAGCGCUGUUCAUACAGGGGGGACUGGCUUUCUUUAUUUGAGCAUUACCAAAGUGCUCACUUAUCCAAGAAAGAAUCAGAGAGUCAAAUUGUUAACUACCUGCAGGUCAGAGAACAAUUAGCAUCCCCUUCAACCUCUAACAGUGAGCCACAAUUGAUAUUCGAGUGCCAGGUCUGUAAUUUCACCUGCUCUUCAAGGCGAGUUAUUUGUAGACAUUACUGCAUCAAACGGAGUAUUGCUUGUGCUCAAGUUGAAGGUUCUGAAAUUGUUUUCAAAUGUGCUUUGUGUAGGUUCACUCAUUUAAUUCGGGAAGGACUCAUUAAUCAUUAUCUCAUGUUUCAUAAUAUUGAACCUCCAUAUAGAUGUUAUGAGAAAGGUCAAAAUGAUAUUGGCUUUCUGGUAUCUAGUAAUGAUGAGCUGACAGCUGGUAUGGAAAAACAGAUAUGUAUAUUGUGCUCUUUUAAGGCUAUUACUCAAAAAGAACUUUUGUUCCAUUAUAAAUCACGACACUUCAAAUUUUAUUCUCAAAAUAAGUGCACCAUUGAGUGUAAAAAUGCAAACUUAAAGAUAAAUAACUUGCAUCGAUUUGAUGAAAUGAACAUUUUAAGAGAGAAUGGAAAUGGAUAUGUUAAUGCUGUGAUGGACUGGGGAAUGUGUACAGAGCGUGAGAUGGACGCAAAGGCCCCUUUAAACUGUAGUAAUGCUGAGGAUCUGGAAUUGAUCAGCUGUAAGGAAAGUGAAAGCUUUGUGAAAGCUUUAACAAUCAGAGGUAAAUUGGGAAAUGAAAACUGUACUCCAAGAAGGAAAACCAACAACUCUUUUACUAUGACUGUGAAUUCCAUGAAUAUGACAAGAUUUCAGGUCCUUGAAAAUAAAAUAUCAAGCAGAGAACAUUGUGUGAAGGAAAAAUAUUCAAAGUCUGCAGUGAUUCAGAGUAUUGCAAUGGAAGGGUACCGUUGCAGAUACUGUGCGCGACAUUUUAAAGCAUUGGCAGGACUACACAAUCAUGAAAAUACUCACAUUUUGUCUAAAAAUUGUCACCGCUCUGCUGCCAGGUGCAGUAAAAAAAACAUGAAAAAUGACAUCCAGACUGCCAGCUCAGAAGGCAGAAGCUACAGAUGCCCAAGGUGUUCUUAUUCUACCCCACUGAUUGAACAUUUAAGGUCCCAUUCACUCAGAGUGCAUGGGAGAUUUCUUAUGCCAAAACUGCGUUCUACAACUUUGGACUGUCAAAAGACUGGAGGAUGUGUGUCCCAAGCAUUAAAUGAAAAUGUCUUUCUGGAGUCUUCACAGAGUGAUUGCCAGGACUGUAUCGUUAAUAGCAGCUCAGGAACAGAAGUUAUGCCAAAGACUGCUGAGAUGAAGAGCUAUGCUUGUGAAUUUUGUGAUUUUAAUACCUGUCAGUUCCAGAAUGUGAAGAGUCAUUAUCGUAAAGAGCAUCAUGAGAAUCUCUGUUUUGAAUGUAAAAAGUGUUAUUUCUUUGGUGGGAAGAAAAAUGCACUUUCUCAGCAUUCAGAAGUGUGUGAACCCGGAGUGAAUGAUAAAUAUUUUUCUACAAGGAAGGUGGAUAAAAAUAUUUUUGAAGGAAGUUGCAGAGAAAUGGGGAAUGAAAAUGAGAGUGAACUUUGCUUAAAGGAAGGGUUUGGCUUGGCUUCAACUGAGAAGAGAUCUGGAAUAUUACAUUGUCCUAUGUGCUUAUACUACACAAAACACAAAAACAGGCUGGUCAAUCACAUUCUGGAACACAAAAAUGGCCAAGCAGCAUAUGUGGAAGAGGGUCAACUCAAACUUCUGCAACUCUUUACGGAGAAGAUUUUCUGUUGUGAUUGGUGUACAUUUGUUACACUUAGUGAGGAAAGCCUAUUGCAUCACAUGGACACCCAUAGCCUGAUGAAGCCAUACAAGUGUCGACUCUGUUUCUUUGAAGCUGGGCUACAGACAGAGUUGGAGAGUCAUCUGCUGGAGCAGCAUAAGGUAAAGUGCAACUUUGAUCUGGUUGGUGAGAUUAACCUAAGUGAAGCUGAAUUAGUUACAGAAAUUGAAGAAUUUCAAAGGAAGAGACUCAAGAAAAGCCUCCAUGAAAAAAAAAGGAUUCAAAGUUGCAUAAAGCAUAAAGGUUCAACAAAAAUGAUGCAAUUUCCCUGUGAAUUUUGUGGUCGAAGAUUCUUGAACCCCUUGGAACGGAUGAGCCAUGUUCAGAGACACUCCAUUUGAAGCUGACAAGGAACUGAAAGGAAAUCAGAAAAAAAACGUGAAUAAAACAGGAAUGCUUGAACAGAGAAAUCCCUUGGCGUUCUAACAACACUGUCCUUGGAUCAUCAGUUAGUUUGGCAACCUGUGAUGUAGAAUAAAUUGAAAAUUGUGUUUGUAUUCCUUAUGUGUUUAUUUUUGCUUGAAGGUACAUGGUGAUAUUUAUUAGAUAAACUCAGGAACUAUUUGUACAAAGGUUGUAGCACUCUGUGCCUAAGUCAACAGUAAUUAUGCAGCUGUAAUGAAGUGCUUUUGUCCAAGCAGUAAACUGUUGACUAGAAUUUAUCGUAGUUAUUGAGUCAAUUUUGAGCUGUUAACACUGCUGUAUUUACCUGGAAGGACAACAUUCCCAUUUUGACUUGAUCUGUGUGGAGAUAAAAAUAUUGGUAUCUUUAAAAUGUGCAUAUUUGGCCUUUUGAAUGGAUAGUUAUAAUAUCACAUCUGUACAACUUUUCUCAAAUAUCUGGAUUGAUCAUACAAGAUCUGACAAAAUACUGUGUUUAGGAAAAAUGUUAUUUUUACUGGAAUCCAAAGCAGAAGGUGCUUGUGUUGUGAGCACACACCAGUUCAUGCUUUCCCACUCUUUGUAGGAAAAACAUUAAAAGUACACUGCAAAGUUAUGCUUUUGUUCCCGAAGAGGAAAGAUUAUCAUUUCAAACUGUGAUUCACUGUAUCAGGAACAAGCAAAAUUUUGUUAAUCUCACUGGAGUAAAUAACUUAGUUCACCAGCUAUCAUAUCAUAUAUUGGUAAAGAAACAGGCAACAGAGGCUGCAGAUGGGUUUGCACUGAAAAGAUAAAACAGCAACCCACUUUCACUUGUAACCCCAUCCAUAUAAGUGUGUUUGAAAUUGACAUUUGUUGGCUUAAUCUGUUGCAAUGUAUAUCAUCAAAUUGUUGAAAAAUGUGCUUUUUACACAAUGGGUUGCAUUUCUAAGUUACCUUGUUAUUAUGUGUUGACAUGAAUGGGAACACCUGCUGAAAGAUUGGAAUUGGAUUUCUGGGAGGAAACGAUUGUGGAGCAAAUAACCUUGUAGGAACAGAGGGCUAGUGAUAUCCAGGGAGAAUAGACAUUGGUUUUGCUUACUGGUUUAUAAUUUCUUAAUUUAAAAUUAAUUUUGUUUUAAAUGGUUUUUUUAUGGUGCUCUUUGUCCUCUGGUAGUUGUGGCAAAAUUCCAAUUUUUUUCUUAUGAUUAGAAAUGGUAGUUUUGCUGGGAAGUAUUUCUCUGUUCUUUAAAUUGUAAGAAUUCAUGUUGAAAAAUGUUUGUUGCUAAUAAAAUGUUUUUGUGUUCAAAUUC